UCUUUUUUUUUCUCCCCCGUACAAAUGUUCCAAUAGGAGAGCGCGGAGGCGCACACACAUAUCAAAAAUUAUCAGCGGCAGCAGCUAUCUGCAGAUACACCGAGAGGAAGAGACGCGCUGCAGCGAUCAGCGGAUCCAAACAAGAACAAAAAAAAAAAAAAAAAAACCCCGCGAACAAUCACCCAACAGGAGCAACUUCGGUUCCAUCUUCUCCAACUUUUCUUUCUUUCUUUUUCUUUUUUUAACGCACAAACGCAUAGAGCUGCGGAGAGGCUCCGUGUCUGUGUGGUGUGGUCAAGGCUUGCCCAGCUGAGCUCCUCUCUUAAGGCUGGGUCUCUGCUGAGGGGGGACCGGACCCGCUUUAUCACCGGACCGACCUUAUCUGAGUGGGUUGGGAGAAUCUGUGCAAGUUUGUUGAAGACAAAGUUUGUUCAAAAGGAAAGGAACGUUCUCCGGUUAGGGGACGGUCGGAUCUUCAUCUGUCUUCCUUCAAUUCGUCUGAAGGCUAAAAGUUUCAGAAUGUACCAAAGCCUGGCCCUGUCCUCCAACCAGUCCCCUUACCCCCAUGACACCGGGAACUACAUCCACCCCUCGGCCAGCUCUCCGGUGUACGUCCCCACCACCAGGGUCCCGGCCAUGCUGCCCACCCUGCCCUACCUGCAGACCUGCGAGUCGACCCACCAGUCCCACGGCCUGGCCGGGCACCACGGCUGGGCCCAGAGCGCCGCGGACGGCUCCUCCUUCGCCCCCAGCAGCCCUCACCCUCCGCACGGCUUCUCCUACUCGCACAGCCCGCCGGUCAGCACCAACCCCGGGCGGGACGGCGGCUACCAGAGCCAAUACGGAGGGGCGCUGGUGCGCUCCGUGGGGGGGUCCUACUCCAGCCCGUACGCUUACAUGAGCCCGGAGAUGGCCACGUCCUCCUGGACGCCGGGGCCCUUCGAGAGCGGGGUGAUCAGUCUGCAGGGUCGGCAGGGAGCUCUGGGAGGACGGAGGUCCAGUCUGGAGCUGAUGGACGACAUGCCUACAGAGGGCAGAGAAUGCGUGAACUGCGGCUCCGUGUCCACGCCGCUGUGGCGCAGAGACGGCACCGGUCACUACCUGUGCAACGCCUGCGGACUCUACCACAAGAUGAACGGCAUCAACAGGCCGCUAAUUAAGCCCCAGAAACGGCUGCAGACCACGUCCCGCCGGGCCGGCCUGUGUUGCACCAACUGCCACACCAGCACCACCACGUUAUGGCGACGCAACGCUGAAGGAGAGCCCGUCUGUAACGCCUGCGGACUCUACAUGAAGCUGCACGGGGUGCCCAGACCUCUGGCCAUGAAGAAAGAAAGCAUUCAGACAAGAAAGCGUAAACCCAAGAUACCGAAGACUAAAGCGUCCACAGGCUCCAUCACCUCUGACACUAGCUCCCCGUCCUCCCUAUCAGUCUCCGAACACGCCUCCACCAUUAAAAGUGAACCCAGCAUGGCCCCGUCGCCCUACGCAGGGCAGACCAUCACAUCUGGCUCUCAGACCGCCUCUCAGCUAGACAGUACGGCAUCCGGACAUGUGGACAUUAAAUACGAGGAUUAUCCUUUUACCCCCACGUCGAUGGCUCCACAGAAUUCCUGGUGCGCUCUGUCUCAAGCAUGAGCGUCCCCAGAUAACAGGACUAGCUUACCGGCUAACUCUAACAUCACUGAAAGGACAAUCCUCCUCAUCCUGACACAACUUCCACUGACUUUGAAGCUGUGGGGAAACUGUUCUAAUAUGGAUCAAAACGGGCUGAAUGCAAAAAAAAAAAAAAAAAAACUACCUACGACCAAGUAAUCUUGGAUUUUUAUUGGAAACACUGGCUGUAAAUGACAAACCAGGAGUGGAUUGUAGUAGGACUUUCAAAAUACAAUCUGCAGCAAAACUUAUAAACAACUUAAGAAGACCUAAGAACUUGGACUGAUGUCCGUCCAGCAAGCUAUAUCUCCUCAAUACAUCCAACAUCAACUACCUAUUUCCUAAUAAAAACAAUGUUUUUGAAGAAACAUUACACUAAACAGAGGACAUCAAUGCAAAAACAUUCAAGAGGAAUGUUAAAAUAUAAGGAUACAAUAACCUGAUUUUAGAGCUGUUAAAUAAUUUUGUUGUAAUGCUUUGUCGCCAUCCUCUCUGCUUUUAAAAACAAUUCCAGUGGGUUAUUUUUCAGAGGAAUCUAAAAAAAAA